CGUUACCUAACUUUUACACAAACACGCAGUUCCCAUAAGCAUCAACUUCAAACAGCUCAGGCUUUCUGUCUGAUCACAUCUCUGUUUAGGGGAGCAGAGGCAAAGAGCUACUACUGAGGGGUUCUGCAGCAACUCUGCAAGCUUCUUGUACCUUCUGCAGGCCAAGAUGCUUCUGCUUCUUUCUCUGGUCACUGGGCUUGCCCUGUCUGCCUCUGGUGUCAUGACAGACAAAGAAACGGAUCCAAGACAAGAGUCAUUUAAUGAUAUACAGAAAAAAGUGAAUGACCUCUGGCAGAAUUUGCUCUAUCCGGUAAUGCCUGGUAAUGAGACUGAUGGGAUGAUUUACACCACUUGUGAAAUGAAGCCUAGCUCCAAAAUAGAUGCUGACAAGCCACAAGUGACUGGACAAGUCUUAUUCAGGCAGCAUUACUCAUACGGAAGAUUAGAAGCCAUUUUUUACUUGGAUGGGUUUCCGUUGGAUAAUGAUCAAUCUGGUAGAGCUAUACACAUCCACGAGCUUGGGGAUCUCAGCAACGGCUGUGACUCUACAGGAGGACACUAUAACCCUUUCAGCGUGAAUCACCCCCGACAUCCAGGGGAUUUUGGCAACUUUUUUCCUAAAGAUGGCAAAAUCAGAAAAUACAAAACAAAUCUCUUUGCUACUAUGUUUGGUCCAUAUUCCAUCAUGGGCAGAUCCAUUGUGAUCCAUGAGCAGGAAGACGACAUGGGCAAGGGCAACAAUAAGGCCAGUUUGGAAAAUGGAAAUGCUGGGAAACGUCUGGCUUGCUGUGUGAUUGGGAUAUGCAACAAGAACUUGUGGGAAGAGAAACUGUCUGAGGUUACGGACAAGAAGAAGAGAGGGCUCAAUAAACGAACAUAGAAACAGGCUUAAGUGAAGACCAACAAGCCAGCUACAGCCUGGGCAGCACUAAGUACCUUACGCUGCGCCAUUAGCCACUAAGAUAUAUGGCUAAAGGAUUCCCAUUUUUUUUUGCUUGCUCCUCUAAGAAAUGCAUAUCACUUUGUAGAGCCUCCUUUCUGUAAGCCCAUCAAUAAAAACAGCAUCAACUCAA